AUGGAUUCCUACCGCUCGUACUGGAAUUCAAGCCACCAGGCCAUGUGGGUGGAAGGGGAAGAUCAGGAUGUGUACGAGGUGGAAUCUCGUGUGCCCCUGCCCCGGCCUUUCCCCCUUUCCAGCGUCCUCAAUGAGAAAAACGCGGUGGUGAUACAGACGCAGAUCUCGCACGUCAACCACAGGACCAAUGGUCACCUCCUUAAGGUGAUCUCUAAGAUCUCCCUGCCCACGCCGCCCUAUACAGUAAGUUUACAGCUGCUGACCUGCCAUGUAACCUAUAUGGAACUGUAUAACUAGUGAAGUAAAUCUGACUCUGUCUGGACAGUUACUCUACCUUAUUAAUCUGAAAGUGUCUUUCAUUUGGCUGACUUUAUGUUCUAAACCGCAGUUUUGCCCAUUAUUUUAUACAGUUCAUAACAUGACCUAAAUACAACCCCUCCUAUAUAGGGAGUCUACACUUGUACGUUAUACAGCUAAUUUGCUUGACAGCAAUAUUUUUGACUGGGCAACUUCUACAGUGAAAAACACAGUGAGUAGCCUAUACAGUCCAAUAUCUCCCUACUCUGCUUUCAUCUGAGCAGGUGAUCAUGUGAAGUGAGCAAAAAAGUACUCCCAAGAUUUAGGUGUUGCACGUUUGCGUGACUUCUUCCUGGUUGUCAUAAUGUUGCAGUAUGACCUUUGCUGCUGUGGGAGAUAUGGAUGUUGAAACAUUGCUGUGGGGACUUGCUUCCAUUCAGCCACGAGCAUUAGUGAGGUCGGGCACUGAUGUUGGGCGAUUUACGCCCGGCUCGCAGUCAGCAUUCCAAUUAAUCCCAAAGGUGUUCGAUGAGGUUGAGGUCAGAGCUCUGUGCAAGCCGGUCAAGUUCCUCCACACCGAUUUCGACAAACCAUUUCUGUAUGGACCUCUCUUUGUGCACAGGGGCAUUUCCUGAAAAAGGAAGGGCCUUCCCCAAACUGCUGCCACAAAAUUGGAAGCACAGAAUUGUCUACAAUGUCAUUGUAUGCUGUAGCGUUAAGAUUUCCCCUCCCUGGAACUAAGGGGCCUAGCCCGAACCAUGAAAAACAGCCCCAGACCAUUAUUCCUCCUCCACCAAACUUUACAGUUGGCACUAUGCAUUGGGGCAGGUAGCGUUCUCCUGGCAUCCGCCAAACCCAGAUUCGUCUAUCGGACUGCCAGAUGGUGAAGCGUGAUUCAUUACUCCAGAGAAUGCGUUUCCACUGCUCCAGAGUCCAAUGGUGGCGAGCUUUACACCACUCUAGCCGAUGCUUGACAUUGCGCAUGGUGAUCUUAGGCUUGUGUGCGGCUGCUCGACCAUGGAAACCAAUUUCAUGAAGCUCCCGACGAACAGUUCUUAUGCUGAUGUUGCUUCCAGAGGCAGUUUGGAACUCAGUAGUGAGUGUUGCAACCGAAGACGGUUGAUUUUUACGCACUUCAGCACUGGUCGGUCCCUUUCUGUGAGCUUGUGUGGCCUACCACUUCGCGGCUGAGCCGUUGUUGCUCCUAGACGUUUCCACUUCACAAUAACAGCACUUACAGUUGACCGCGGCAGCUCUAGCAGGGCAGAAAUUUGACGAACUGACUUGUUGGAAAGGUGGCAUCCUAUGACGGUGCCACUUUGAAAGUCACCUGAGCUCAUCAGUAAGGCCAAUAUUUGUCUAUGGAGAUUGCAAGGCUGUGUGCUUGAUUUUAUACACCUGUCAGCAAUGGGUGUGGCUGAUACGUGUGUGUGUGUGUGUGUAUAUAUAUAGUGUAGGUCAAUGGUUUAUUGCACAAGAGCAAUUCAAUGCUAAUUCAGCCAGGAAGGAAGGCUUUUGUGAAUGUGUCACAGUGCAAUGUCAACUAGACCUGUCCGAAGUUAAAGGCCUAAGAAUUAAAUGGCAGGUCAUACAUGUUGUUUGUUCCUUGAUGAAUGUCAAACUGGGGCAUAGGUUUACUAAUUUUAAUAAGAAUACUUAUAUGGCAUACAGUUUCACCUAUUGAACUUUAUAGAAAACGACAGCAUGUGUACAAUUAUCUCACCAUGAUAAGGCAAUAGGCCUAGUUGUAGCUAUGCAGGUUCUGUAUGUUAGUUAGUAUUUGAAGCGAGUGAAAAAAUAUUUACACUGUCAUGAUGUGCCACUGUACAACUCUAGACUUACCGCUGAACUGUAUAUGGCUAACCUUCUCCACACCUCUUUGUGCAUUGCCCUGUAGUUGUUUUUUGGAUUCCUUACUCCUUUAAGCAUAGCCACACAGGCCAUGUGUGUUGUGAACCCACUGUUUCCCUCUGUGUAUCUUAUGUGCUGGUGUAGUUUUGUUUCACCCAUUAUCCUUAAGUGGGCCUACAGCUUUGAUUGAUUGGUCCUCAUUUUUUACUUUCACUUGGAACACUAACUGGAAACCAUGACUGGUGAUCAUAAAUAUUCCCAUUAUACCUACUGUCACAAGGCUCAGCAUAUUGUCCGUAAUGAGAGGUUAUGUCCGUAAAUGACAGCAGAGUAUUCAUUCAUGGCAUGGGAUAUAUUUAAUAAUAUGCCAUGUGCCAUUUAGCAGAUUGUUUUAUCCAAAGCAAUUUACAGUGCACUGAGUUCAUACAUUUUUUGUACAUGUGAUCCCAGGAGGAAUCGAACCCACAACCCUGGUGUGACUAGUGCCACAUUCUUACCAACUGAGCCACUCUGUGUGGACCAACUUACUUUAAGGCUUUGUGCAUCUCAACUUCUAAUUCAAAAUUAUUCUCCACCUCAACCAGUAUUUCCUCAAAGGCUUUUUGCUCACUAAAGUAAUUAUCUUUGUCUUGCCACCCAUCUUCCCAACCCUGAUCAGCUGGAACAUGCGCAGGUCACCCAGACGGAGCUGAUGCGCGAGUCCUUCCGCCAUAACCAGGAGAUUGGCGAUCUUCUGCGGCGGCAGGAGGAUCUGCAGGAAAGGCUGGGGGAGGAGGGGCGCGCCCGCGAGCAGCUGGCUCUGGAGCUCCACAGGGCAGAGGGUGAGUGGGGGGAUAGGUGUGUGUGUUUGUGAUGGGGUUGUUUUACAUUUGGGUGGAUGGCAGUGAGGAUGUCAGAUGACAAGUGAAUGUGUGUGUCUGGGGUUGUUUGUGGGGGAUGGUGUGUGUUUUGGUGAGUCAGAUGGCUAAGGGAUCUGUGGGUGAAAGGGAAGUGAAUAUAUGGAGAGAGUGUGUGUGUCAGGAACAGCUGACAGACAAGAGGGGUGACUGGUUCAAACAUGUGACACAGCCCACCCAAUUCACUAACAACGCUCAGUUCCGCACACUGUUAAGCAAAUGAGGACACAUCUUUUCAUCCAUUGGCUUGUUAAUAGUAACAUGUAUAAGUGGUGUUAGUAUUAAUAGUAACAGGCAUAGCAGUUUGGAUCCAUUGCCAACAGUUUGAAUGGUGAUUUGUUGCGAACAUCGACUUAAGUGUAUUCCUUUUGUAGUGUAAGCUAAUGUCCUGCUAUGGUGUGUUAGGCCUAUGUAUGUCAAAUCAGAUGGGGUUCUGAAGUAUGGCAAAUAUUUGCUAUCAUAAAGUAAUCUCCUCCCAACUGCUGCUUGAUGUUUGCAUGUGAUCCACCGUUAAAAUGUGCACCAUCAUUGUUGGAGUCUGGGAUACGUCUUCAUCUGUGUACGUUUCUUACAUCUGAAAUGCGACUCGCAGUAACAAAAUUGAGUAAAUACACACGGUCAAAUGUAGCUGGACAAAUAAGAUAAAGAUAGUAAAUGUUGCUGCCUCUACAUUUGGUUGGCAUUUACUUUUUUUCAUGACUCACACAUAGGGUAGAAUGACAUUCUCAUUCACAGACUCGUACACAAACAAAACAAAAGAUCACCCAGAUAUCACGUGACCGGCAGUAUUCGCCUACAUAUUUCAACAUGCAUUUCAGGCCUAUAAAAGCUUUCGAAGACUCCUCCGAACACAAAUUAUGCUUUGUCUUCCUCCAUUGUGUUUGCUCUCCCAUCCACGUGUUCAAACACAGUUAAUGUCAAGCUGAAAUUAUGCCCUCCUUUUGUCCUGUCUGAUUCACUCUGUAAUACCUAGCUCCUGUUGUGGUGUGGUGUGGAAAACUGCUUUCAAUGAAGACGGAGGAACAGGCUUGCGGUUGCCUGAUUUUGAAGAUGUUCCAUCCUGACAGAAACCAUUAGCCAGGCUCUGAGGACACUCAAGUUUCUCAGGGGGAGUUAGGAUGUAAUUCUGUAUUAUGUUUCGCAGAGGAUAGGUUUACAGUAGAGCAUUACAGAGAGACAUAGGCCUAUAGGAAAUGGAAUGGCAUUGUGAUGCCAUUGUGGACAAUUGUUGCAAGAGGGGUGUGUUUAUACAAUUAUGUGCAAAGAUUACUCAUUUGGUAAGAGUGUUGGCCAUUAUAAAAGUUUUACAGUCUUUAAUGCAAGGAAGUUGAUGUGUGUAUGGCAGGGUCAGCACUGUAGUUAGUUUGUUUUGCAACCUGAUGGAUGGUGCUCUAUUUGCACCUAAUCAUACACAAUCUGUUUCCAUGAGACAGAGACAACAUAGUUUCUUCCAUGAGACAGAGACAACAUAGAUUAUCUCAUGAGACUAGGAAAUGAAAGGGGUUAACUAGCCAGUUGCACAACUCAAUGCAUUCAACCGAAAUGUGUCUUCUGCAUUUAACCCAACCCCUCGGGGGCUCCCUUAAUCAACGUCCACGUCAUUGGCGCCCGGGGAGCAGUUGUUGUUGUGGGUUGACUGCCUUGCUCAUGGGCAGAACAGCAGAUGUUUCCACCUUCCACCACCGGCUCGGGGAAUUGAACCUGCGACUUUUCGGUUACUGGCCCAACACUCUUAACUGCUAGGCUACCUGCCGCCCCUAGAGCCUUGUACGUUUCAGUCUUAAGGGAUUCCAUCCCAAAGGUGAGAAAAUUAGUUUUGAUCAGUCAAGGAAAUAAAAGUUCUAAAAACAUGUUGGCUCACUAUUUAAAAAGAAGAUGGAAAACAAGCUAUAGGAUGAAAAAUUGCUGAGUUUUGGCGCCGGUACAGCAGACUUACGCUAUCUAACGCUACCUAGCAACAAAACAAAUAAAUAUAAUUUGAGUAAUAUAUAUCGUCCAAAAUAAUAUUGCGAUAUGUAAGUGUAUAAAACAUGUUUUUCACCCCAUGACUACCCAGAGGGCAAAACUGCAAUUUCUAGUUGUAAUGGAAUCAUGUCAACCAGUUUUGACUGUUGCAGUACCGGGUAGGAGGGUGAAGCCAGGUGGCCAUCACAAGCUUCCAGUGUUAGGAAAUAUCAGACAUAAUCUGAUAUUAUCAAGAUGCAUAUAGGCUUCAUGACUGUGGUUUAAUAAAAUGACAUGAUACUUAAGACCAGAGCCAUCUCAUCAGUAGUCUAAUAUCACCUUUAUUUUUGUCAGCUUUAUUAUAAAAUAUAAAACAGUGAAUUGAUGGUUGGUGGAUUGACCAGAGGAAUGCAGAUCCGAGAGUGCUGAGUUUCUGGUGAAUGCCAAAGUUCUCAUCUUGCCACGAGAGCAGCAUUCCAAAUUUCAGCGUACGAGUUAGUUAAGACAUAAUGAGUUAUUGUUUAAACUACUCUGAUGUGGUUUUAGUUCUGGUAGCUAACGUGGAGCAUAGUUACAAGUGAUCAAUUAAUAUAGUGUUGCCGUGCUCGUAAACCUUGAUCAUUUAACACGCAAACAACAUUUGUAAAGAUGACACUAGCUAGAUUACCAAAUGCAUAAAAACAAUAUGCGCAUUUUCCCACCAGAGAUGUUCCAUCAAAUUGACUUGUUGCGGAUAAAAGACUGCGUAAUGAGGUAGUGCGCAUAAAAAUAACUUUGGCGGUUAAAUUCCCAAGUUAAAUGGGUUUCCAUCGCAUUUUCAACUCUACUGAUGGUUUUGUCACUAAAAAUGUUGCGUUGGUCAUGACACGUAGGCUAUAGCCAACAGCUCGCAGAUACAGUGCGGCUAUAGCCUAGAUGCGAUUAUUAUGAACAAAAUAGCAAGAUUAUUUUGAUUUGUCAAACGGCAGCCAAGCAUCGAUCAUCAUGUCACCAGAAUAAGACCCUCGAUUGGGAAGCAGCAUCAAACUCAUCACCCUGCACUUUCAACGCCCUGUGAAGUUCAUCAUAACUUAUUUCACCUGUAGCCUAAUAAACUGCAUGCUUUCCGGAGUCGUAGUGGGAGGACCACACAACAUAUCGCGUGACUCCAAGUUUACUUCGAUAUGAUGGUUAUUGAUAUCAAUAUUUGCGCAUAAAAGCGUUUUCCAUUUCUCGCAUAAUUAAUUUUACAGACACAAAAAGAUCCCACCUUGCCAGGCCGUCAUUGUAAGUAAGAAUGUGUUCUUAAUUGACUCGCCUGGAUACGCCUGGAUAAAUAAAGGUUCAAUAAUUUUGUUUUGUCAACAUUUGGAAAGUUACCAACAAAUGUGCUGUUUCCAUCAGGGCUGUUUAUCCGAUAUGUACUUUACUCGCAUAAAAGGUUUGAUGGAAACCUGGUUAGUGACAGCAUUGAAAUCUUUAAGCGUAUUCACCUGACCUAUUUAGUCUAGCUACUACAUACUAGUACUAGAUAAGAUUUCAUUAGGCAUCUCUAUCAGAUCUUUGGGAACAUUGCUAGUGUGCAGUCAUAAUAAUAGAAAUAAUAUGCCAUUUAGCAGACGCUUUUAUCCAAAGCGACUUACAGUCAUGCGUGCAUACAUUUUUUUUGCGUAUGGGUGGUCCCGGGGAUCGAACCCACUACCUUGGCGUUACAAGCGCCGUGCUCUACCAGCUGAGCUACAGAGGACCACAUGUCUUCCAAACAGAUUUAUCAUCAGCUGAAUUACAUGCCAGUAGUGCAUUUACCUAGUGACCUGUAACAAGAUGGGUAAUAAUAUAAUAUUUAAAUGUCUUUGUUGGCAGCAUAGCCCUCUAGAGUACACUCUGUCAAGCAAAAUGGGUCGGACAUUCUGCAUGUGUUUGUUUGUCUGAAUAUUUGUUUGUGUUAGGGCUGGGCGAUAUAUCGAAUUAAUUCGAAUGUAUGUUUUAGCGUGAUGUUCCAAAUGCCUGUAUCGCAAGAAUUGAGGUUUUACUUUUUUCCCGUUAUUAUGGGUCUCGUUUCCUUCGCUCCUUCUGUGUUGUGUGCACUGUGCACCUUCCCACUCGCACACAGACACCAAGCCCCUCCCACUGCCACUCACAACAACAAAGAGAUUAAAGAUAAUUUUUUCCUCUCUGACAACAAGCAGUUUCAACUCGCUAUUUGCUUUUGAGGUUUGGUCCAACAUAAUCGGUCAUAUGGACACCGAAACACAUUGAGACAUUAUUUCACUGUAAUAGAGGAUAACUAACCCUUUGUAACAAUAUCCUUUAUGUCUCAACUUCCAAAAUGUUGAACAGUACAGACCCUAUUAAGACGGAAGUAUUAAUGAACAUGAUUAUAGAAAAUGAAUGCUCAGUUUCUGUCGCACACAGUUGUCUAGUCUAUGUUUUAUAAAUGUGCAAUGAGAAAUAAUCUUCUUAUCCAGGUAGGCCACUUGAUUUCAACAUCUAAACAAAGUGAACAGGCUAUGUUGUUCAAACAGUUGGAGACUGACAGGAGGGUGUAUUCAUAAAUGUUCAACUAUUCUACCUUGUUAGCAAGCAAAUAGAUCCAAGUUGGCUAGACUUUAAAUAUAAAGAUUAGCUGGCUACUCACUAGCAGUGGGCUUGUGCUUGAGAGAUUGUAUAUGAGACCUGUGUUAAAUUUCUAUAAUGCCUGCUAACAGAGAAGUUGGUCAUUAUUAGUGGAUGUGCAUUGUGCUUGGUUCUGGUUUUAUUUGUAAUAGAAAAAGGCAUUUUCAUAGAUAGCCAUGAAAGCCAGAUCAGUUUAUUGCAAAAAAGCAGGUUAAACUAUUUUAAUAAAAUAAUUAAAUUAUUAGUGGGUGUUAUGGUUGAAGACUUAUAUUUAGCAUAAAUAUACUUUUACAAAACUUACCGAUACGGAUAUCUGCCGAUCUACUGUUUUACAGCGAGGAAAAUUUAAAAGUGAAAUUUUUCACACAGAGUUCUCAGAAAUUGCAAUCCAAAGAGCAAUUGUCCAAGAAAUAUACAUAAAAUGUUGAUUUCUUACCUUGUGACAAAAGUGAUGCAUCAUGAGAAUGGAUGCAAGUGUUCAGAUAACCAUGAGAUUACCAUUUUUCAUCCUAUUUAUUGAAUAUUGGUUAUCGGUAGAAUUAUCGGCCGAUAUCAAUAUAUCAGGAAAAAGGUCAAUAUCGGCCGAUAAUACCGGUGAACCGAUAUAUCGGUCGGGCUCUAAUUAUGUGUGUGACGUGGCAAUAUGUCAUUCAACGGUCUCUAUAUAUUAAUACCCCCUCUCCUCUCUCUCUCCCCCUUAGGUCUGAUUGAUGGCUACACGGGUGAACAGGCCGCACUGGAGGAGCAGGUGCGUCAGAAGGAGGAGCUACAGCUAAGCCUGGAGCAGGAGCUGCAGGUGAGACACAGGCCCAGUCUAUAACCACCAUUAUCACUGUGUUUUAUAACCGUUGAGGUCUUUGUCAUAAUGAUGGAAUUUCAACCAGUUAUGCCUACUUGGUAGGGUUGCAAAGCUACUGGUAGUUUACCAAAGUUACCGUAAUCUUAAGUAUUUUUGGUAAUUAACAGAAAAUAUAUGGCAAUCUAUCGUAACUUUGGUCAUUUAUACUUUAACUUUUUUUUUUUUAAAUGUAUUUAUUUAUAGUAUUCAUUUUUUAUAUCAGCCUCCAUAUUGUCCAUGAAUUUCUAAUAGAUAGAUCAUAUGGUUCUAGAGAAAAUAGACUAAAUAUACUGAAACAAGCAUCUAAUCAGCAAUGGCAUUAUUUUCAAUUAACUCUGCAACUCUUGCAACUAUUGACUUUUUUCACAACUGCCACCAGUUUGGCACCAAAACAUUGACAACAAAUACAUUUACAUUUAAGUCAUUUAGCAGACACUCUUAUCCAGAGUGACUUACAAAUUGGUGCAUUCAAUUUAGGAUAGCCAGUGGGACAACCACCCUUUUUUUUUUCUUUUAAUGGGGGGGUGUCAAAUAAAUAAAAGUGUGUGAAAAAAUAUAUAAAGGAUAUUUCAUGCUGAAACCGUCAUAUUAAACAACAACGGUAUUCACUAAUAUAAGGAUAUUUUACAGCUUUCAUUCUAUUUUUUAUUUGAAAAUCAUCGUAUUUAAUUAUUUCAUGUAUUUUACAUGUGAGAAGGACAUACAGAGGGCCAGAGAUAAUUAAGACACCUGUCAAAAUCUGAAGUACCCAAAAGGGCCACUAGAUGUCUUGUGAUGGAUUACAUAAUUUUUUUUAUUUUAUUUUAUUUAUUUAACCUUUAUUUAACCAGGUAAGCCAGUUGAGAACAGGUUCUCAUUUACAACUGCGACCUGGCCAAGAUAAAGCAAAGCAGUGCAAUAAAAACAACACAGAGUUACAUAUGGGGUAAAAAACAUAAAGUCAAAAAUACAACAGAAAAUAUAUAUACAGUGUGUGCAAAUGUAGCAAGUUAUGGAGGUAAGGCAAUAAAUAGGCUAUAGUGCAGAAUAAUUACAAUAGUAUUAACACUGGAAUGCUAGAUGUGCAAGAGAUUAUGUGCAAAUAGAGAUACUGGGGUGCAAAAGAGCAAAAUAAAUAACAAUAUAGGGAUGAGGUAGUUGGGUGGGCUAAUUUCAGAUGGGCUGUGUACAGGUGCAGUGAUCGGUAAGAUGCUCUGACAACUGAUGCUUAAAGUUAUUGAGGGAGAUAAGAGUCUCCAGCUUCAGAGAUUUUUGCAAUUCGUUCCAGUCAUUGGCAGCAGAGAACUGGAAGGAAUGGCGGCCAAAGGAGGUGUUGGCUUUGGGAAUGACCAGUGAGAUAUACCUGCUGGAGCGCAGACUACGGGUGGGUGCUGCUAUGGUGACCAAUGAGCUAAGAUAAGGCGGGGAUUUGCCUAGCAGUGAUUUAUAGAUGGCCUGGAGCCAGUGGGUUUGACGACGAACAUGUAGUGAGGACCAGCCAACAAGAGCGUACAGGUCACAGUGGUGGGUAGUGUAUGGGGCUUUGGAGACAAAACGGAUGGCACUGUGAUAGACUACAUCCAAUUUGCUGAGUAGAGUGUUGGAGGCUAUUUUGUAAAUGACAUCGCCGAAGUCAAGGAUCGGUAGGAUAGUCAGUUUUACGAGGGCAUGUUUGGCAGCAUGAGUGAAGGAGGCUUUGUUGCGAAAUAGGAAGCCGAUUCUAGAUUUAACUUUGGAUUGGAGAUUCUUUAUGUGAGUCUGGAAGUUGAGUUUACAGUCUAACCAGACACCUAGGUAUUUGUAGUUGUCCAUAACAUCCUUGAAAGAUACCAAAAUUCUGGUAGUUUACUGGUAAACUUAGAAAGUUUGCAGUAAUAUACCCUCCCUUUGCAAGCCUACUACUAGGUAAAUAUUUUUUGUCCAAUAUAUCUCAAAACCUCUCCAUGCAGAUUUAAAGAAAACAGUGGACAAUUAUGUUGCAAGUUGUUUCCCAUCUGUUUAAAAUGUUACAGCUAUGUUGGGCAACUUAGCACACUGCAAGGGCAGUUUUUUUGUGCCUGAGUCUGUGUUUUUAAUUGGCUAACCACAUUGUCAACCUGCCUCUAACUGAAUAUUAUUUGCUCCUGCAGGUGACAAGCAGCCGCCUACACGAACUGGAGCAGGAGAGGCUGCAGAUGCAGGAGGAGCGAGAGAUACUGUCACGGCAACAGGAUGCCAUGAGGGAGCAUGCGGGCCCGCGUGAGUUACGUAUGUACCCCACCACUUACUCGUUGUUGGAUCUGAAUGGAACAAAAUAUACAGUUUGACAAACAUUCAAAUAUUGCUUGUGUUUUCUAGACCGUGAAAUAAUGGUGAGAAUGUUACUUUCAUAUCAUGUAAAGUGUAUUGGAUAUGCACAAUGCCUAUUCCAAUACAGAUGCUCAAAAACAUGCAGUUGGUGAUACUAGAGAACUAUGACUACUUCUUUAUGACAUCACUACUCGAAAGAGUGGGCAGAGUGUGAAGUGGGGGUUAUAUCAUUGUAAUAGAAAUACUAGUAUUACUGAGAAAAGCCCCUCAGACCAUGGCAAUUUGACAUGUCCGUUCUAGUAAUUAUAUUUCUGUGGGUCCUAUGACGAAGAUAAACAGGCCCAUGUUCUUUUGCAAACAUAAGGUUGGUUUAUUUCCUUGAUUAGAUCUACAUUUGACUAUUUGUAUGACUCAUUGUCAUCGUCAUCAGCCACUCAUUGGUAUCAUCUUAUCACUCAAUGACGUUUUAACCAUUUUAAUUAUGUUUCAAAUCCUUUGUAAUUUUAAUUUAUAUACUCUGUUAUUACUGUACUUUACUGAAUUCCUAUAGAAAGGGUGACCAUGAUGAUUAAUUCAUGUUGUAAUGAAGUUUGCAAUUGAUCAUUGUUUUUUGAUGGAAAUCCUCUGGGAUAAAACGGAAUCCUGGAACAUUUGUAACCCAAGCACCGCAUCUGACAAAAGUCUCACCUGGGUCAUGUUCAUUAGGCACCAAACGUAAGAAAGUGGACUGAAACAGGGAGGAAUACCUUGACUUGACCAAUAAGACACACUUGUUUUCCUUUCCAAAACAUUUUAAAGCAUUUUCAGCUGCAUUACCUCCAUCCAGUACUAUUUCAAGGUAUUCCAUAGGUUAAUGAACAAUCCCUAAUGAAAAGGCAAGUAAUACAGCAAGGACAUGAAUUCAAUGUACACGGAGCCAUUUCAGUAACACCUCACUCCUGCUCUCACCUCACGGCAUUGGCUCAUCCAUCCUCUGCCGACACAGCUUUAACCAAUACCACAACAGCACAUGCAGGGAGGCCCCGCCCUCUCAUUUUUUCACCUCUCGCAUCAUUUCUCCUCAAGUCUUCCUCCUUUUUAUGACAAAACAAGUGCAUGUUGAAAUACUGUGCUUUCUUAUUCCUAUAGGCCUAGUUGAAGCUGCAGUCGAUGCAGCACCUGAAGCAGGUGUGUCCCACAUCAGAGCAUGGCCAGUCUAUCUAUGUUACUUUUUAGUCUGUAGUCGAGUGGCACUUCACAAAUAUAUUUUUUUAACCCCCAAAUACAGCAACUCACAAAAAAAGCUUGGCGCUUGCUUGCUAUGGGCUCACUCACUCAAUCACUAACCCUUGCUUACGCUUUUUAUUUUUGAUUCACUUUUCUAUGUCAUGGUUUGUCAUGUUAAUGUCUCAUGAGUCAGCGUGAUCAUUCUCAUGUUAUUUAUGAUUGAGCAUGAUUGAAGGAAUCGGAUGAGCUAUAUUUUGAUACAUGAUACUGUAAGCUUAAGUAUUUCCUCAUUGGCAAUCAUCUUUGCUCCUAGAGUUAAGCUAACCCUAACCUUACUUCACAUUAUCCAUGCUAACAUCGUGACAAUGUCCACUACCUUUGGAGUUAAGAUGAUUGCUCAAUUAGGAAUUUGCCUGUAAAUGCGUAUGAGGCAUGGAUAUUGCAACGUCUCAGCACUGUCUACGUGCUUGUUCUGUGGUUUGCACUCUCUUACCCUUUUAUCUGUUGUACUAAUACAAUGGGGGUUUUGAUCUCCUGGGUAAAGCAAUGUUGGUUGGUUUAAUGUUGGUUGGUUGGUUGGUUGGUUAAAUGAUGGCAGCGGAUUACUAAAGGGAUAUGUUGGCUAUAUGCUGGGAAGAUACUGGGAGUAAGAUUGUUAGACCUGUUAUAUACAGUAGCUACGUGAUGCUGAAAUGGCGGACUGUAUUGGGGACAUUUUGUUAAAAGCAGCCAACUCAAUACUGUAAUGAUUUUAAAAUGAAUAAAACACCAAUUUAGAACUUCUGAGACAAAAACAGCUAAAUAUACUUAGAUUUUACAUGAAUAGUAAGGCUGUAACUGAUUUUCGGUUUAUCGACCGACAGUCCACAACAACUCCAUCUCAGCAUCCUGUCCUGUCCAUUGCCUGAAUGAAACCUGUAUGUCCAAAAUCGUUGACUCCUCCCAUCUGAAGCGACCUUGUGUGUGACGACUUCCUUCCAUCCUUCCUUCCCUCCCUUCACCCCAGACCUCCUGGAGGAGACGGAGAAGCUGAUGGCUGAGAAGGUAGAAGUGCAGCGGCAGGCAGAGAAGGAGAGCCUGAACCUCCUGCACCAGGUGAAAACACUGGAGGCUGAGCUGGAGGAGCAGGUCAACCGCGUCAUCGAGCUGGAGCAUGCCCGCAAGACUGAGAGCGGCGACCUGCUGCAGCAGAUCCAGGCCCUGGAGAAACAGCUGGAGAAGAACCGGAGGUUCCUGGAUGUAAGAGAAAGAGGGGAAGGGAGAUAUGAGGGAGGGGGGAUGGAUGCAUGACUGGAUGGAUGGAUAUGGAUAGAGAGAUGAGAGAGAUGGAUGGAUGAAUGGGGAGAGAGGGAGGGGUGGUUGGGAGAGGACCAUAGGAACUAUAUUGUUUAAAGGUAUACAGAUGUACAUGAAUGUUAUAUGAAUGUGCAUGUUGUUUUUUGGGGAUUAGGCAGUGCAUAAAGCACUAAACUUGAUACAUAAUUUAUUCAUCAUCCAUGCAUUUCUUGGGGUCAGUCAGAUUGGCACUGAAACAGAGAGAUGUUUCCCAUUUAUAAUUUAAUUUGAUAUGUUAUGGGUAUUUCCCUUAGCUACUCUCCUUUAAAGGCGUUGUCUUAAAAUCUGAUCCCCAGGAGCAGGCCAUCGACCGGGAACACGAGAGGGACGUCUUCCAGCAGGAGAUCUUGAAACUGGAGCAGCUGCUAAAGAACAGCCAGAAGCAGCAGCCCGGCUCUGAACAAAGAAGCAGAGAGGUAACAGUUAAUGGCCCCAGCAUUGAGCCCUGUGGGACCCCACAGGCAGUUUCUCCCUCCUUUUGUUCCCUCACAAUGGACUGUUGUGGCUCUGUACACGAGGGCUCAGUGUCAGCCAGGACAAUGGGGAGGUAGAAUUACCUGUGGUUACCAGAAUAUGAUCCCAGACUAGUCAAACUGGAACUGUUGCAUCAACAUGUGUUGUGAAGGAUAAUGGACAUACAGUACAGUGGAUAUAAAAAGUCUACACACCCCUGUUAAAAUGCCAGGUUUUUGUGAUGUAAAAGAAUGAGACAAAUCAUGUCAGAACUUUUUCCACUGUUAAUGUGACCUAUAAUGUAAACAAUUCAAUUGAAAACAAAUUGAAAUCUUCGAGGGGGAAAAAUGAAAAAUAAAAACCUUACAAUAACCUGGUUGCAUAAGUGUGCACACCCUUAAACUAAUACUUUGUUGAAGCACCUUUUGAUUUUAUUACAGCACUCAGUCUUUUUGGGUAGGAGUCUAUUAGCAUGGCACAUCUUGACAUGGCAAUAUUUGCCCACUCUUCUUUGCAAAAGCGCUCCAGAUCUGUCAGAUUGCGAGGACACCUCCUGUGCACAGUCCUCUUCAGAUCACCCAGAGAUGUUCAAUUGGAUUCAGGUCUGGGCUCUGGCUGGGCCAUUCCAAAACGUUAAUCUUCUUCUGGUGAAGCCAUGCUUAAAGGUGGAAAAAGUUCUGACAUGAUUUAUCUUUGUCUCAUUCUUUUACAUCACAAAAACCUGGCAUUUUAACAGGGGUGUGUAGACUUUUUAUAUCCACUGUAUAUGCUGGAUGGGGUUUUGUUGUUCCGUUUUUUCGGGGCGAGGGCUUGGUGAUAUUAUUAUUAUUUUUUAACUGUGAGGGGGUUGUGGAUAUUAUGUGAUUGUAAUGCAUUUUGUAGAACUAGUAUUUAAGGCUUUUUUAUGGAAUAUUUUAUUGAACAUAAUAGGUUUUAACAGUGGUUUUGUCCUUGUCACGGAACACUUAAUAUAUUUUGUAUCUUUCGAAUAAAGCAGUGUUCAUGGAGAGGUUGUAGCUAUCUUUCUCUAGUAAAUAUCAUUAAAUAUUUCAUUACGAUAUUUCUGCUGAGCAUCAUCGUCAUCUGGACUAUGGAGGUCUGUCUUUGCAUUAUAAUGGCAUGUGCUAUCAUAACAGCUGUGAUAUACUGCUUGUCUCUGGUUUACUGUACGUCAACUGAGUUGUUGUGGCUAGUUUCUGUGGUCAGAGUCUUCAGCUGUAUUAUAGUGGCAUGUGUUGUGGAAACUUUUCACUAAAAGUCACUCAGAAUUAGUUGAAUUGAAUUAUAGUUGUCUCUUUUUAAACAUCAUUAUAGAUUCUGUAGUGGCCUGUUUUUGCUAAGCUAAAUGCAUUUAGCUUUUCACAGCAGCCUUUCUCUGCUAUCAUAAUCUUAGCGCGAUUCCUUCUCCCUCCACCUGCGCCUAUUAGUCACUGCUAUGCUCAUUAAAGGCCAUUCUCUCUCCCUCUCUCUUUCCUCCUCUUCCUCUUUCCUCCUCUCUCCCUCUCUUUGCCUCUCCUAUGGCAGGUGGAUCAGCUGACCUCCCAGGUAUUGCUAUUAGUUGCAUUGAAACAGCCUCUCUCUCUCUAUUAGCGACACUCCAUCAGCUGCAUGGUAGCAACCUGUCAUUGCAAACCAUGUUAGAGCCCCCAACUUUCACUUCCUCUGUUCUCUUUCUCCUUUUUGUCCCUUUAAAUAUUCCUCUGUCGACCGUAGCAGGUGGAUCCUCUGCCCUCCCAGCUAUUAGUGCUGCUAGCGUCAUUGAAAAGGCACUUCUAUUAAAGAUCAUUAGCUGCACUCAAACCCCACCUCUCCCUCCCUCUUCCCCCCUUUCUCUCCUCUUUCCCAAAUCAUCUCCCUUUCUCUACCAUGUAGCAGGUGUGGAUCCUCUGACCUCAUAGAAUUGCUCCCGUUUACAUUAAAACUGCCGUUGUUCAGCCGCACCAUAGCAUAACCAUCCUUGUUUCUGCUUCCCUUCUGCUCCUCUGCUCUCCCACACGGCAGGUGGCUCAGCUAAUCCAGCAGCUAUUGCUAGUAGCUAGCGUAUACUGAAAUGCAGCCUCUCUCAUAUUGAAGCAUAUAAUCCAUUCUGCAUAAUGACUUUCUUUGCCAUCCUUGCCGAAGCUCUCCUCUUUCCCUCUACCCCCUAGUGAUGGGGAAAGAAAUCGAUACAGUUACAUAUCGCAGUAUUAUUUUUGGACAAAAUUAUAUCGAUACUUUGACUCCCAAGUAUUGAUUUGUAAAAUACAUUUGAAAUGUUUUGCUACGUAGCAUUAGCUAGCACUAUUUGGCUGUACCUGCGCCAAAACUCUAGUAUUUGUCAUGCUAUAGCUUGUUCUCAUCUUCUUUUUAAAUAGUGAGCCAACAUGUUUACAGCACUUUUAUUAUCUACUUUUCUCAUGCUCUCUCUGAGCAAUAUGUUUGGAACAUCAAAUUGCAAUAAAAUCGCAGUAUCGAAUAGCAAUACAUAUAGAAUUAGGAGAAUCGCAAUAUAUAUCGUAUCGGCACCUAGGUAUCGUGAUAAUAUCGUAUCGUGAGGUCCCUGGCAAUUCCCAGCCCUACUACCCCCUCUUUCCCUCCCUCUCUUCAAAACGGCAGGUGGAUCAGCUGACCUCCCAGUUACUGUGUUGUGUUGCUACUAGCUAGCCACAUUGAUACAUUGAAGAUACAGACUGUACGAUCCUCACUGAAACCCCUCUUUCCCUCCUUCUCCUCCCUCUCCUCUCCCCUCCUCAUUCCUCUCCUCUCCCAGGUGGAUCAGCUGACCCAGCAGCUGAGGGAGAAAGCGGACUGGUGCAGCGAGCUGCUACUGGCGUCUGAGCAGUUGCAGCGCGAGGCGGGCGAGCGCAACGAGGAGAUCGACAAGCUGGAGGGCCGCAUCCGCGAGCUGGAGCAGGCUCUGCUGGCCAGCACAGAGACGGUGAGAGAGACGAAGGGAGGGGGGGGUGGAUGAAGUGAGAGAGAACAACGGAGAGGAAGAUGAAACAGAGAGGAGAGGGACAAGGAGAAAAAGAGAGCGUGCAAAAGAGAGUGCAGUGGGGAGAGUUAAAGGUAGCUAGAAAGGGAGAGAGAGACUCCUCCUACUCAUUCCUGCUCUGCUGUUGAUGAUGCUGUGUUAAGGUUAGCGGGGGUGUGUGUGAGAGAAUGACAGCGUGAAGCUACAUGUGCAUAUGGGUGUUUGUGUGUGCAUUAGUAAGAAAGGAGGCUGAGUGUACAGACAGUACCUGACGUCAUGGCUGAGAAUGUGUGUGUGCCCAUAAUAAUGAGUACUGCAACCAAGUACUGCAUGUGUCAAAUUCGUUCCACAGAGGGCCGAGUGUCUGCUGGUUUUCACUCCACCCUUGUACUUGAUUGAUGAAUUAAGGUCACUAAUUAGUAAGGUACUCCCCUCACCUGGUUGUCUAGGUCUUCAAAAACCAGAAACCUGGCCUCCCGAGUGGCGCAGUGGUCUAAGGCACUGCAUCGCAGUGCUAGCUGUGCCACUAGAGAUCCUGGUUCGAGUCCAGGCUCUGUCGCAGCCAGCCGCGACCGGGAGACCCAUUGGGCGACACACAAUUGGCCCAGCGUCAUCCAGGGUAGGGUAUGGCCGGCAGGGAGGGAGGGAUGUUCUUGUCCCAUCGCGCACUAGCGACUCCUGUAGUGGGCCGGGCGCAGUGCACGCUGACUCGGUCGCCAGGUGUACAGUGUUUCCUCCGACACAUUGGUGCGGCUGGCUUCCGGGUUAAGCGGGCACUGUGUCAAGAAGCAGUGCGGCUCGGUUGGGUUGUGUUUCGGGGGACGCACGACUCUCGACCUUUGCCUCUCCCGUGUCCAUACGGGAGUUGCAGCAAUGGGACAAGACUGUAACUACCAAUUGGAUACCACGAAAUUGUGGAGAAAAAGGGGGUAAAAUACCAGGGGGAAAAAAUAAAUACAAAAUAAAUAAAAAACGCAGACACUCGGCCCUCCGUGGAAUGAGUUAGACACCCCUGAAGUACUGCAACCAAUAUCACUGUUGGCAGGCUGAAACAGAGCAGUGAAAGAAAUGUCCCCAUACCUUGCUACUGCCCAGAUGAUUAAGUGCAUGAGAUCGCAGCUACUGUAUAUGAUGUAUGGCUGUGUGUGGCUAUCCUGAGAUUUGAGUGUGUGCUUGUGUAUUAUUGCGUGUGCUUGUGUGUGUACAUAUUUGCUUGUGUGUGCGUGUGUGUGUUCGCCACAUGUGACUGGUUGCUAAAUAAUAAUGUUGUGUGUGUGCAUUGCGUGCAUGUGUGUUUCAGGUGGAGGAUAAGAGGCAGCAUGUGUCUGUUAGUGAGCCUGGGGACUCCUCACUGGAGGCUCAGCUACAGACUGAAAGAGAGGCACUGGACAGGAAAGAGAAAGAGGUAAUGUAUUGGUCUUAUGGGGGGUUUCUUUCUUUCGCAUGUUUGGAAGAGAAUUUAUAAGUAGCCAAUCCAGCACAGUGUCAAAGCUAGCCAGCUAAAAUCUCAAUUGGUUAUCACGUCCCCGAUGAUUUACAAAAAGUGGACCAUUCCUCUACUUGUUGAAUCCCUUUGCCCGCCAUUUUUCACUUCGCCUCAAAUCACACUCCUUCAAUUACCAAUAAUGGGCACAACACAAGUCCCCACUUAGAUUUCAAGUCCCCUGUUCAUGUGUCGUCGCCCUGGUCCUCAGUUAGAUAAAUGAGAACACACCAGCCUGACUCCCCCCUUCCCACUCCUCCCCUCCAGAUCAGUAACCUGGAGGAGCAGCUGGAGCAGUUCCGGGAGGAGCUGGAGAACAAGAGUGAGGAGGUGCAGCAGCUCCACAUGCAGCUGGAGAUCCAGAGGAAGGAGCUGAGCACCCAGCAGCAAGACCUGGAGACCAAGGACAGCCUGCUCCAGGUAACCGGCCACCACACAGCUAGGCUAGUACAGUGCAUUCGGAAAGUAUUCAGACCCCUUGACUUUUUCCACAUUUUGUUUCGUUACCGCCUUAUUCAAAAAUUGAUUAAAUUGUUUUUUUUCCCUCAUCAAUCUACACACAAUACCCCAUAAUGACAAAGCAAAAACAGUUUUUUAGAAUAUUUUUCCAUUAAAAUAAAUAUAUAUGAAAUAUAACAUUUACAUAAGUAUUCAGACCCUUUACUCAGUACUUUGUUGAAGGACCUUUGGCAGCGAUUACAGCCUUGAUUCUUCUUGGGUAUGACGCUACAAGCUUGGCACACCCGUAUUUGGGGUGUUCCCAUUCUUCUCAGCAGAGCCUCUCAAGCUCUGUCAGGUUGGAUGGGGAACGUCGUUGCAUAGCUAUUUUCAGGUUUCUCCAGAGAUGUUCGAACGGGUUCAAGUCCGGGCUCUGGCUGGGCCACUCAAGGACAUUUAGAGACUUAUCCCGAAGCCACUCCUGCAUUGUCUUGGCAGAAGGACAACCAUCUCUGCAGCACUCCACCGAUCAGGCCUUUAUGGUAGAGUGGCCAGACAGAAGCCACUCCUCAGUAAAAGGCACAUGACAGCCCGGUUGGAGUUUGCCAAAAGGCACCUAAAGGACUCUUACCAUGAGAAACAAGAUUCUCUGGUCUGAUGAAACCAAGAUUGAACUCUUUGGCCUGAAUGCCAAGUGUCAUGUCUGGAGGAAACCUGGCACCAUCCCUACGGUGAAGCAUGGUGGUGGCAGCAUUAUGCUGUGGCGAUGUUUUCAACGGCAGGGACUGGGAGACUAGUCAGGAUCGAGAGAAAGAUGAACGGAGCAAAAUACAGAGAGAUCCUUGAUGAAAACCUGCUCCAGAGCGCUCAGGACCUCAGACUGGGGCGAAGGUUCACCUUCCAACGACCCUAAGCACACAGCCAAGACAACGCAGGAGUGUCUUCAGGCCAAGUCCUUGAGUAGACCAGCUAGAGCCCAGACUUGAACCAACAUCUCUGGAGAGAACUGAAAAUAGCUGUGCAGCGACGCUGCCCAUCCAACCUGACAGAGCUUGAGAGGAUCUGCUGAGAAGAAUGGGAACUCCCCAAAUACAGUCAUGCCAAGCUUGUAGCGUCAUACCCAAGAAGACUUGAGGCUAUAAUCGCUGCCAAAGGUGUACAGAGUAAAGGGUAUAAAUUCUUAUGUAAAUGUGAUAUUUCAGUAAUACAUUCGCAAAAAUGUCUAAAAAACUGUUUUUGCUUUGUCAUUAUGGGGUAUUGAUUGAGGGAAACAAUAAGGCUGUAACGUAGCAAAAUGUGGAAAAAGUCAAGGGGUCUGAAUACUUUCCAAAUGCGCUGUAGGUAACCUUAGCCCCCACACAGCCAGGCUAGCAUGUAGGCAGCCUCAGCCACAGCGCAAGGUAGCACGUCGGUAGCAUUAGCCCCCACACAGCCUGGCUAGUAUGUAGGUAGCCUCAGCCACAACGCUAGACUAGCAUGUCGAUAGCUUAGCCAACACACAGCAAGGUUAAAAUGUAGAUAUACCCAAACCAGACAGUUAGACUAGCAGCUACCAGGUAAAACACAACAAAUAAGGAUACCAUGUACUUCAAGCUGCAAGCACACAACAAUCCAACAUAUAUUGGUAGCCUCAGCCACGAAACAAGGCUAACAUUUACUAUAGCAGCAGUUCCCAGACUAGGGGUCGUAACCCCAUGUGGGGUCACCUGAUAUGAAAAUGGGGUUGCGGGAGAAUUUCCCAAAUCCUGGAGAAAUUUGUUUUGUGUGUAUAUAUAUAUAUAUAUAUAUAUAUAUAUAUAUAUAUAUAUAUAUAUAUAAUCUUUGUAUCUCAAAGUCAUUGUAAUGUGGUUAACCUUAAAAAUGUAAAUGAAAAUGAUUAAAAUCAAAAAUAUAUAAUUCUACCAGAGAGCACUGUUAGUUCAUGGGAAAGGCACACUUGACCUUUGCUCUUGAAUCAUUCCCACAGUGAAUGGCUAGGCCUGAUAUGCUAUGAAACCACACACUAUUGCAGAGACUUUGAUAUUACCGGCCGCAAUUGAUAUGGUGAAAACAAUGUGUGGGGAGGCAGAGGCACAGAAUACCUUUGUCAGAUAACAAUGUUAAAUGAAGAAUUUAUGCUAUUGCUAGCAAUCAAGAGGAAACUGAUUGAACGACUCAAAACCUCCCCAGCUUAUGCUCUCCAAAUGGACGUUAGCUGCGAGGGCCGAGAUGCCCAUGCAUUGACUUUUGUUCGCUAUACAUGUCGGCGGAUGCUAUUCACGAGGACAUAUUGUUCUGUCUCACGAUUCCCGAGCAUGAAACGGCACAGGGGAUGUUCAGUGUGCUGCGUUGCUAUAUUGACGAAAAACUGAUUCCAUGGGAUCGAAUGGUGGGCUUUUGCACAGAUGGGGCUCCAUCUAUCAUGGGACAGCGGGCAGCCCUCUGCACUCUAGUUAUGAAUGUCUCCCUCUGCCAUAUGGAUGCAUUGUAUGAUACACCGAGGGCAACUGGCGGCCAAAGAGCUGAGCACAGAACUCUGGGAUAUACCGCAGCAGGUAAACUAAAUCAAACAACAUCCACUGCGCGCAUGCCUGUUUGCAGUGCUCUCGUCUGCAUUAACACCAAAUAGGCCUAUCGAUCCAGGUUGGAUAUGACAGCAGAGAUGAGGUGCGCACUGUCGACCACGCCCCAUGACUUUGAGACGGUCCUACACGACAUGCAUCAAGCACACCCAUCUCAUUAGUGGUGGUGAAAUAAGAAGCAUUAUGUCAGACUGAUUUGCAAUUGACUGCCUCACAUUAAAAGUAUGUGAUGGUGAGUUGAAGACAAUCAGAAAUACUGUUAGAAUGUUUUUCAAUUGACUGCCCCAAUAAAAAAGUAAACACUGGCUGUUAAUUACAACAACAAAUAAAUCACAUUGAUGGGGUUGUGAGAAUUUUCAGAUAUCAAAAUGGGGUCGUGGGCCAAAAAAGUUUGGGAACCCCUGUACUAUAGGUAAUCCUUAAACCAACAAGGUUGAGACAUGGUAUGCAUCUGCUAAACAAAGCUACCUAAAGACAGACCAUUCAAAUGAUAUAUCAAAGGAUAAAACAAGUGUGCUGUAUGGUAACCGUUGCUACACUACAAAAACAUAUUACAAUGUUUAUCGAUACUAAAAAACCUGCUAAAAGAUUCAAACCAGAUGGGAUGGCGUAUCGCUGCAGAAUGCUGUGGUAGCCAUGCUGGUUAAGUCUGCCUUGAAUUCUAAAUAAAUCACAGACAAUGUCACCAGCAAAGCACACCCACACCAUAACAGCUCCUCCUCCAUGCUUUACUGUGGGAACUACACAUGCAGAGAUCAUCCGUUCACCCACACCACGUCUCACAAAGACACGGCGGUUGGAACCAAAAAUCUCUUUGAUUCCAUAUGUGUUAUUUCAUAGUUUUGAUGUCGUCACUAUUAUUCUACAAUGUAAAAUAUAAAGAAAAACCCUUGAAUGGGUGGGUUUGUCCAAACAUUUGACUGGUAGUGUAUAUGCCACAUUAACCAAAGCACCAAAUAUGGGACCUGUUGGGCUAAUAUUUUGGUGAUAGGUAGUAUCCCCACCCCAAAGAUAAAGAAAUCCCCCCCCUCACUGUUCCCUAAUGUCUUAGUCCCAGUUUAAGGGUGAUUGUUUUGUGUUGAGAGCCAGCAGAUUAUAAUCUCCGACAUAUAAUACAUUUUUGAAGGUGAUGGAGGAGAAGGACAGGGAUAUAGCGCUUCUUAAUGAGCAGAUGGCUAAGCUUCAACACACGGAAACAGCCCCUGACAACAAGGUAACCCCAUAUACAUAUAUGUUAGACAGACCACUUCUGUUCUCAUAUAUGUAUAUCUUUGUGAUAGUGGAUCACUGUGUGUGUUGUGUGACAGCCGUUCAUUUUAUUUGUUAUUUUUGUUGUGGCGUAACCCACCAUUUUAUUUUAGGUUUUGGUAAGUAGGCCUCUGUUGUGUUGUGAAUUUUUCUUUAAGUUGGCUUACUAAGGAGACACUUGGAACACCCUAGAAAUGUCCAACAAAUCAGAAUUGGUACCUGAAGUAGCAUUAUUACAGUUGUCCCAACCUAAAAUGUAACCUGAUUGGCUGAGACUCAUAUUAUCUAUCACAUAAAUAUUAUCAGUAUUAACUAUAUUGCCGUGGCACAACUGUGUCUCAGGUUUACUAGAAAGCAUGAGCCGGUCUUUUUCCUCAACUUCAUCCUUAUUCCUACAUACACUGCUACGUCCUUCCCUUCAGGAAAUCGACGCGAGGGAUGAGCUACUGCGGGAGCUGGAGUCCCAGGUGGAGUGCAUGCGGAGCGAGCAGCAGCGCCUGAAGAGGAACAGCGAGGAGGAGCUGGAGCAGCUCAACGCCGUUAUCGACAAGCUCCAGGAGGAGCUGGCCAACAUCGAACGGAAGCAGUCCUCGGAGACGGACGAAGAGCUCAAUGGCCAGUUGGAGAGCCAGGUCGGAGGUCCCAGCAAGGAGGAUUACGACGAAAUGAAGCAAAAGAUGGACCUGGCCACCCAAGAGCUGGACACCAUCAAAGCCGAGCACUGCUCGCUCCUGGAGAGGUACCGGUGCUUGCAGGAGAGCAAACUAGCAUUAGCCGAGUCGGAAAAGGAGCUGUCGGACGACAUGGCAAUGGAGCUGCAAGACGCCCUGAGGGAGAAGACGGCGGCAUUCGUAGUAGUGCAGGCUCAGAUCCAGGCGCUGGAGCAGAGCGCCACCUCCAGGGUGAAGGAGCUGAGCCUUUGCGUCCAGGAACUUGAGGCCUGUGUCGCAGAGAGGGACUCUGAACUGACCCGCUGCCGGUUCCUGGUGGAGCGGGCCCGGGAGGACGCCGACGACCUCCAGCGCAAGGUCCAGGACCUGGAGGACAAGCUGAGGGAGAGGGUGGCGGCCGUGCUUGUCAGCCAGGCCCAACUGGGCGCCAUCCAGCAACAGUCUCAUCAAUCGCAGGAGUCCAAGGGCCAGAGAACCAAAGAAUCCGGCCACCAGGAUCCCAGCGGACAGAUGGAGGUACCAGACUUUUUGUUUGCAGGAAUGUCCCACGCAGCGGAGAUCCAAGGUGCCAAACAUGGCCCCACUGGGAAGGUGGUCCUCCUGACGGAGAAGCUCCGCGAGCUGGAGGUAGGCCUGAGCGGCAUGCAGAAGGACCAGGAGCUGCAGAAGCAGUUACUCUCCAGCUCCGAGGAGGUGGUGCUGGAGUACGAGAAGAGGCUGGUCUUGCUCAUGGACCUGCUCAAUCAGAUGAGGACGACCAAGCCUGGUGGAUGCCAGAGAACGUUUCCGGUCACAGAGGUAGGUGUUCAAUUUAGCCUUCACUAUUGCCUAUGGGAGUUAGCUCUAGCCUGCACCGCCUCCUAUGAAUUUGUUUUAGGUGGGGUAGAGUUAGCCUGCGCUACUUUCCAUGGAUGAAUGAAUUCUCUUAUGCCUACAAUGCCUGUAGAUGUUUUUCACAGUUUAAAUGCUGACAAGCUGCUAUCUCUUUGAACUCUGAACCAGACUGCAUCUUUUGGAGGCAAUGAGCCGGCUGUGUCUGAGAUUCUACAGGAGCUACAGAAGGUAAGGGACGAGGCUUCGGCCACCAAAGAACAGCUCAGCAGUUACAGGGAGAGCAGCAAUAAACUCCAGCAGGAGCUCAAGGUAUGUAAUAUCACACUCAACAACCAUGUUGGAUUAAUGCUCUAUUAUUAUUGCAUGAGAGGGAGUUACAAUUAUCACAUAUUUUCCUUUUCUAGGCAAAAGAGGGCGCAAUAGCAAAGUUUCAAGAAGACCUUCAAAGGGUAAGAAACUAAUGUGAAAGGGAGUUCCUCUGAUUGCCAUAGACACAGUACAAUUCUACUUUGCCUUAGAGUUGCUAAAGUAUUGCAAUACUUUCUUUUUCUUGACAUUAUCUUAAAUCCAUUAUCUUGAAAUCCAAGUUCUAGAAUUUCUAUUGUCUAACUAUUCCCCAGGUGUCAUCGGGAGGCAGUGAGGCCAAGGUGUCGGAGCUCCAUCGGGAGUUGAAGGAGGUCAAAGCGGAGGCUGCUUCCACCAAAGAGGAGCUCAGCAGCCACAGGGAAAGCUGUGACAAACUACGGGAGCUUCUACAGGUAUGAACACAGUCAACCAGUGUUCAGCAAAGCAAAGAACUAUGGGAGUCACAGUCUUCCAGUGCCAAACUGAAUUGUUGAUUUUGUUAAUUGUCUAUUUUCUGUGGAUAAAAGUACAUUUUGAAAAUGUUGACCAAAUAAGAAGUUGUAUGUGUAGUCUUUUCAGUGAUUAACCAAUCCGACCAUUUCAUUUUAUUUUUUUGUACCAAAGGAGAGAGAGAUGACCAUAGCACAUCUCAAGGGAGAACUCUACCAGGUAAGUGUAUCUUGCUGCAAGGAAGAAUAUUCCAACUCUACUCAGCAAUAUGGAAAAUGAUCUGACUAUUGGCAUGUCUUAACCAGUUAGGUGUCCCCUAACUUCACCUUUUGAUAAUCUCUGUCCUUUCACCUCCCAGGCCUCAUUGGAAGGUGACGGUGCCUCCACAUCCGAGCUUCUCCAAGAGCUCCAGGAGGUCCGAGAUAAGGCAGCUGCUACCAAAGAACACCUGAACAGCUUCAGAGAGUGCAGCGAGAAACUCCAGACCGAACUCCAAGUCCGCGACCUGUCCAUCGCUCAGCUCCAAGAGGAGCUACAACAGCUCAGAGUAGCCUUGGCGAAAACCGCAGAGUCACCAUCACCACCAUCACCACUAUCCCCACUAUCACCAUCUCAGUCUCACUCACUCGAGCAGCAGCAAGCGCCACCCUCCCAUCCGAAAAAUAAAGGCUUCAAACCGCAAAACCAAUGCCAAGGGGCCAAGGGAAAAAUGGCCGCCGCUGCCAAAGACAAACCAUCGCUCUCCAGGAAGAACUCUGUCGCGGCAAACCAAAAGUCUUCCGACAAAUUGUCCGGUCCAUCGGCUGGUCUUAAUGGAUCUCAGCGUCUGCCUCAUACAGACGCUGGCACCCAGACGGAUACAUUUUCCUCCCAAACAUCUGGCCAGCCCAGGUCUGUGUCGGAGGAGGAAGAGGUGGAGGAGAUGAUCGGGGAGUACCAGGAGAAGAUCGUACAGAUGCAGGAGCUGCACGCGGCAGAGAUCCUGGACAUGGAGGCCCGGCACAUCGCAGAGAGUGAGGCCCUGAAGAGGGACGCUCAAAUACUGGAGGAGGAGUGCAAGGCUCUCAAGACCGUCAUCGAGAAGCUGCAACGCUCCCAUGAGGUAAGUCCAUUGGACGACAUCUGGGUUGUGUUCAUUAGGCACAAAACAGAAGUGAGUAACAGAACAAAAGACUACCUGGAAGCUUGUUUUUGUUUUCUGUUUGUUUGUUUUCUUCUGUUUGGUGCCUAAUAAACAUGACCCAGAUGAUGAGUUUGACAUUUUUAUGGGGGAGUGGGGAGGUAAAGGAACUCAAACUCUUCUGUGUACUGACCUGGUUUCAUGCCCUCCAGGCCCCCUCAUCGAGACCAGAGCGUCCCGCAGGAUCGCAAUUCAAAGACGGCUACACCAGUGGUAAGUUGAUGUAGUGUCGCAUAACGCACCUCCAUGCCAAAUGUGAGCCUCUGUAUUCAAUGCUAUGCCGAAUCGCUCUCAAGAGGUCACGUGUUUUCCCUAGUAAUCACAAUACCCUAGGCCAGGAAUCAUCAACUAGAUUCAGCUGCGGGCCGAUAUUUUCUGGAGCGGAUGGUCGGGGGGCCGGAACAUAAUUACAAAUAAUUUGUUGACUGCAAAUUGACCUCAAGAAGCCCAAACAGAUAUAAUAUUUGACUAAAACAUAAUAAUUUGUAACCUUGCUUACAUUUGUAUACGAUCACGUGUCUCGCUAUUAUUCGUGGGAAUACUUGGGAACAGAGUUCUUAAAUGAAAAUCACUUGGAGAUGUUUAUUGGGGGGGGGGGGGUGAAUAAAACCACCCGCAAGCUAAAUUUGGCCCCAGUUGGGGAACCCUGCCCUAGGCUAUGUAACACCUUCACAAUUAUUAUUUUUUAACUAGGCAAGUCAGUUAAGAACAAAUUCUUAUUUACAAUGACGCCCUAUCAAGAGGCAAAAGGCCUCCUGCGGGGACGGGAGAUAAAAUAAAAUAAAAUGUAGGACAAAACGCACAUCACGACAAGAGACACCACAACACUACAUAAACAGAGACCUAAGACAACAACACAGCAUGGCAGCAACACAUGACAACACAGCAUGGUAAAAUCAAUGCAUAAAUUCACUAUGUAUGCAAAAGUAGGUGGACACCCCUUCAAAUCAGUGGAUUUGGCUAUUUCAGCCACACCCGUUGCUGACAGGUGUAUAAAAUCAAGCACACAGCCUUGCAAUCUCCAUAGACAAACAUUGGCAGUAGAAUGGCCUUACUGAAGAGCAUAGGAUGCCACCUUUCCAACAAGUCAAUUCGUCAAAUUUCCGCCCUGCUACAGCUGCCCCGGUCAACUGAAGUGCUGUUAUUGUGAAGUGGAAACGUCUAGGAGCAACAGCGGCUCAGCCGCAACAUAGCAGGCUACACAAGCUCACAGUACGGGUGCUGAAGUGCCUAGCGCAUACAAUCGUCUGUCCUCGGUUGCAACAUUCACUACCGAGUUCGUUGGGAGCUUCAUGAAAUGGGUUUCCAUGGCCGAGCAGCCGCACACAAGCCUAAGAUCACCAUGCACAAUGCCAAGUGUUGGCUGGAGUAGUGUAAAGCUUGCUGCCAUUGGACUCUGGAGCAGUUGAAAUGCGUUCUCUGGAGUGAUGAAUCACGCUUCAACAUCUGGCAGUCCGAUGGACGAAUCUGGGUUUGGCAGAUGCCAGGAGAAUGCUACCUGCCCCUGUGGUAGAAAUAUUUGACUCAAAAGUAGUCAACUCAAAAAUAUCUCUCAAGAAACUGGAGCUUGUGAAUCCAAAAAUUAGACUUUUAUUAUCUAAUAACAAAAGCCGAGCAGUUCCAUGGAACGGCUGUCUCUCUUUGGCUUAGAGCUCCCUUUUAUACACACACAAAUGCACAAACAUGCUUACAUGGCAUAUACAGUUACUCCCCCUAUGGCAAAUUCCUAACUUAUUUUAGUUCUGCACCACCCUUCUCUUUCAACGUCCAGCUGUCACACAUGGUCCACUCCAAAAGGUCAUGAAUACUUUUCUAUAUGAAGCCUCUCAUUUCUAUUGGUUGCGUGGCUCAGGCCCUUUCUUAAAAAAGAAUAUACAUACAUUCAUUUAAAACACAGUUACAUACUGCAUGGCUAUAUUCCUUAUUUAAGCAUGCAUCUGGAUUAUAAAAUAUCAAACAUGUUUAUUAUAUUUUACCUUUGGCAUCUCCCUACAUUUGCCUUAAUGAUACAUAAAAUAUCUCUAUACCCCAAUGCAUAGUGCCAACUGUAAAGUUUGGUGGUGGAGGAAUAAUGGUCUGGGGCUCAUUUCCAUGGUUCGGGCUAGGCCCCUUAGUUCCAGUGAAGGGAGAUCUUAACGCUACAGCAUACAAUGACAUUCUAGACAAUUCUGUGCUUCCAACUUUGUGGCAACAGUUUGGGGAAGGCUAUUCCCUGUUUCAGCAUGACAAUGCCCCCGUGCACAAGGCGAGGUCCAUACAGAAGUGGUUUGUCGAUCGGUGUGGAAGAAUUUGACUGGCCUGCACAGAGCCCUGACCUCAACCCCAUCAAACACCUUUGGGAUGAAUUGGAAUGAGCCAGGCCUAAUCACCCCUCAUCAGUGCCCGACCUCACUAAUGCUCUUGUGGCUGAAAGCCUUCCCAGAAGAGUGAAGGCUGUUAUAGCAGCAAACUACCAAAGGACACUCCAUGUUAAUGCCCAUGAUUUUGGAAUGAGAUGUUCGACGAGCAGGUGUACACAUACUUUGGUCAUGUAGUGUAUAUACCAUACAGUGUCAACAAACACAGAAUUUCAUGAGUCAUGGCAUGACUCUUUUGAGUUGAUGCACAUGUUUUCUGGUGUUUGUAACAAUGGAUGCUUUACAUGACUUGAGAAAGUGUUAUUUUGCAUGCCCAUUCAAAUAGAGUUUUGCUUCCAUUGAUAUGCAAUGUUAACCUUGUGUGUACCCUAUUGCAGACAGCUGUUCUGAAUGGAGUCAGCGGACAGGCUACGACCUGCCUAACCUGCAGCAGGAGUUCAGGACCACGCCAGAGGGAGCCAGGAAAGAGACAGACGAAGCACUGCCUGACAGAAUUAAGGUACAAGAACUGCAUUUGGCAAUGUAAAGUUAAGCAUGUCUUUAUAUGGCAAUCUGUGUAUGUGAGUGUAUUGGUGAAGAUGUCUGGUUUGCACAUGGUUUUAUGUUUAUGAGAUGAAUGUCUGUACAUGUGUGUCCACUCCAGAACCUGCUCCGCGAAGUGCACCAGGAGGGCAUGCAGGUGCUGUCCCUGUCAGCGCUGCCAAUCCCAGAGGGCGAGGCUGACCCAGCCAGCCUGUUCCACCAUGCCCAGGGCUGGCCCAAAGAGAGAGAGGCCUUGCUGGCCACCGUGGAGUCCCUCAAGGCCCUCAUUACCCAGAUUCAGACGCACAGCAGGGAAACACAGGUACAGUACUGGUAGCAUUUGUACUUUGUAGCACGGAUACUUUGUGCUGGUAUCCUUUCUUCAAUACAGUAGGGUUUAUUUUUUUGGGUCGCAGAUUAAAUGAAACAUAGCUUUUAAGGCUGAAUUGAGCCUUCAGAAACCCUUUUCUCUCUCAUUUUCUAUAAAUAUGUGUGUCAAUGUGCUUGUGUAUGUUCAGACCCCAGGUAGUGCGGACUGGCGUGGGGAGCUGCUGGGGGCAGUGCAGCAGGUGUUUGUAAGGGAGCGGAGUGUGCUGAAGAGCGCCCUCUAUGCACGACUGGACCAGCUGGACACUAGCGACGCGAUCAUCCACCUCAACCAGCAGGAGCACUGGCUAGCUGAGCAGGUAGCUAACAAACACUUAAAACUCAGGUUAGCCUCUAACCUUAGCGUUACCUGCUUAUCUUAUUAUUAGCAUAUUAACUAGCUGGAGAGUGGGAUAUAGCCAACAGGUAACAGAAAAAUAUAGAGCCGUUUUAGUCUAGAGUCAAUUUCUCCACUUUGUAGAAAAACUUGGUGGUCAUAUGCAUUCGUGUACAGUUGUUUUUAAGUUCCAAGGCUAAACUGUGUCUGUAUAUCUACAGGACGCCCAUCACAGAGAUGCCAUGGGGAUGCUGCAGACUGCAGACAGAAGCAGUUUGCUGACAGAGGUUCGGCAGCUCCGGGCCCAGCUAGAACAAAUCCAAGCCCAGGAGCCUGGCAGGAGAGGCAGAUCCAAUCAAGGUCUGUAGUCUGGCCCUCCAGUGGUUUCUUAUGCCGUGUGUGUGUUAGUUGUAAGGACACAUAGGGAUGAUGGAUGAAUGGCUUGGGGGUCUGAAUGGGUGGGGGCUGGAUGGAUGGAUAAAUUCAUUGAUUUAUUGACUGACUAAUAUCUAUAGUAAAUUGUCUUCGAUGAGGUCACAGCUAUUUCACUCAGUGCAACCAAUAUCAUGAAUUUAAAAAGGAUAAACAGCAGCUGAUUCUAAUGCCUUGCAUGUUGUUUUGUCCGGCUGUUUGUCCCACACAGGUGUUGAGCAGCAGAGGGAGAGAGGUGGUGUUCCGGAGCCCCACAUUCUGCAGCAGGCUGACAGGGCUCUGCUGGAGGAGCUGAAGGGAGAGCUGGCCCAGACCAAACUAGAGCUGGAGUCCACGCUCAAGGCCCAGCACAAACACCUGAAAGAGCUGGACACAGUCAAGUAAGGUUUUAAUGCACGCUCACACAGUUAGACGCAUAAAAGAGCAGAACAUUCUCAGGUAAGACUAUUUAGAGAUAUACAGAAACAAACAUUGACUUACACUCCCCUUCCCAGCCUUGGUAUUACAUACAUGUGUAGUUUACCUUCCUAGUUGCUGUUGGAUGGAUCCAACCCGGUGUCUUUGUUUCUAGAACGGAGGUGUCACAGAAGGCUGCUGAGGUGGACACCCUGGCGGACAGACUGGCAGACGAACAGAAGAAGGCCAGAGAGCUGCAGUGGGCCUUUGAGAAGGAGAAGUGUAAAUCAGACAAGAAAGAGGAGCUGGAGGUAAUACAGUUUGUAGGAAAGGUAGAAGACUGUAAUUUCACACAAGUGUGUUCAGGUAUAAUUGCCUACUUGUUUCCACGUCUUCACUUUAGUGUGUUUUACUUAAAUGUAGUGUUUUACUGAUAUGUUCACCUUAGUCACUGGGGUAUUAUCUACUCAGGUGUGUUUCACAAGUAUCUCUGUCUUUACACCCUGUCCCUCCAGGAUCUCAAACUGGCCCUGGAGGAGCAGCAGAGUCACGUAGCCCAGCUGACCUCAGCCCUAGGCCAGGAGCGCCUGUCCACCUCCCAGCUGUCCCUCCAGGCCGAACAGGAGUGCUCCAGGUUGCAGACCCAGGCCUCACAGCUCCACGUCCAGCUAGAGUCGGAGCGAGCCCGGGCCCAGGAGCUGAGUAGUGCCCUGGAGAGAGAGAAGGAGCUCCGCCACCACGGCUCCUCCUGGAGAGAAAACCCAGAGGGGGAGGUGGCUGAGAGGGGGGAGGAUGAAGUGGUGGGAGGGUCACUGUCAUCCGAAGGUCUGCUAGAGGGACUGCAGAGGGAUCUGAACAAGAAGCAUGCUCAGGUGGGCUGUUUGUUUGUUUGUAGAUGAAGCAGACAUACACACACACGUACAUACACACUAGUUUACUUACAGCAAGUCGUAUGAUGCACUAUGAGUAUGUGAUAAAAGGCACUAUCAAUGUAGCCUCCUGGCUUUAGUCUAGAAAGGCUGUUUUGAUGUUGUCACGAUGCGUCGAUAAUGAAGGGGGGUGUGUUUUUACUGGUUGGUUUCUCCUCCGUGUCUUUCUCACUCAAACACCCACAGGCAAGGCCACACACAGCCUUCGAGCGCCGCCCCCUUCCAUUACAACUGUUGGAUUUUCAAGUCCAAACGAGAGGUCUCAACCCCCCCAGGAAAAAACGAACAUUUGAGAGAACCAAUCAAUGAGUCCACAGAAUUUCUGAGCGAAUAUUGCAUUAACAAACGGCCUCCUGUCCAGACCAGUGAGUCACAGCUCUUCCUCGCUGUGUGGUCUCAUGGGCCAGGCUGCUAUCAAUGCCCUGCACACAGGAGAUUCACAUAAAGUGCUAGCAAAAAUAUUGUGUUGGCAUUAUGACCAGUUAGGUCAUGUGAUUCUACACCCCCACUAAAUUGUGCGACCAUAUUGGCUCAUCAGGUGGUGCAUCUGCUUUCUCCAAACUGUCAUGACGACUUUACAUAGGCAUUACUACUGUAGUGACUAUAGUUACCUCCACUUCUGCAUUCCCACUAAAUCCUGUGACCAUCUAUUCCCUCUUCAGGUGGUUAGUCUGCUGGAUGAGGUGGAGGCCCAGAAGCUGGCGGCGGUGCGACGGGAGGAGGAGUUAACCUCUGCAGCUCAGAAGUCAUGCCAGGACCAAGAGGCUCUGCGUGAGGCCAAGGGCCAGCUGGAAAGUCUGGGGGAGCAGGCACGGGAGGCCAUGGAGCAGCUGAAGAGAGAGGUGCAGCAGGGGAAGUGGCUGAAGCAAGAGAAGGAGAGGCUCCAGGAGAGAGUGGUCCAGCUGGGAGAGACGAGAGAGGGGGAGAGGAGUAGGACGCAGCAGCAGUCUGAUAACCAAAAUGUGGGUCACAUUUACAGUUGAAGUCGGAAGUUUACAUACACUUAGGUUGGAGUCAUUAAAACUUGUUUUUCAACCACUCCACAAAUGUAUUUCUAACAAACUAUAGUUUUGGCAAGUCGGUUAGGACAUCUACUUUGUGCAUGACACAAGUAAUAUUUCCAACAGUUGUUUACAGACAGAUUAUUUCACUUAUAAUUUACUGUAUCACAAUUCCAGUGGGUCAGAAGUUUACAUACACUAAGUUGACUGUGCCUUCAAACAGCUUGGAAAAUUCCAGAAAGCUUUAGAAGCUUCUGACAUCAUUUGAGUCAAUUGGAGGUGUACCUGUGGAUGUAUUUCAAGGCCUUCCUUCAAACUCAGUGCCUCUUUGCUUGACAUCAUGGGAAAAUCUAAAGAAAUCAGCCAAGACCUCAGAAAAAAAAUGUGUAGACCUCCACAAGUCUGGUUCAUCCUUGGGAGCAAUUUCCAAAUGCCUGAAGGUACCACGUUCAUCUGUACAAACAAUAGUACACAAGUAUAAACACACAUGGGAUCACGCCGCCGUCAUACCGCUCAGGAAGGAGACUCAUUCGGUCUCCUAGAGAUGAACGUACUUUGGUGCAAAAAGUGCAAAUCAAUCCCAGAACAACAGCAAAGGACCUUGUGAAGAUGCUGGAGGAAACAAGUACAAAAGUAUCUAUAUUCACAGUAAAACAAGUCCUGUAUUGACAUAACCUGAAAGGCCGCUCAGCAAGGAAGAAGCCACUGCUCCAAAACCACCAUAAAAAAGCCAGACUACAGUUUGCAACUGCACAUGGGGACAAAGAUCUUACUUUUUUGAGAAAUGUCCUCUGGUCUGAUGAAACAAAAAUAGAACUGUUUGGCCAUAAUGACCAUCGUUAUGUUUGGAGGAAAAAGGGGGACUUUGCAAGCCGAAGAACACCAUCCCAACCGUGAAGAAUGGGGGUGGCAGCAUCAUGCUGUGUGGGUACUUUGCUGCAGGAGGGACUGGUGCACUUCACAAAAUAGAUUGCAUCAUGAGGAAGGAAAAUUAUGUGGAUAUAUUGAAGCAACAUCUCAUGACAUCAGUCAGGAGGUUAAAGCUUGGUCGCAAAUGGGUCUUCCAAAUGGACAAUGACCCUAAGCAUACUUCCAAAGUUGUGGCAAAAUGGCUUAAGGACAACAAAGUCAAGGUAUUGGAGUGGCCAUCACAAAGCCCUGACCUCAAUCCUAUUGAACAUUUGUGGGCAGAACUGAAAAAGCGUGUGCGAGCAAGGAGGCCUACAAACCUGACUCAGUUACACCAGCUCUGUCAGGAGGAAUGGGCCAAAAUUCACCCAACUUAUUGUGGGAAACUUGUGGAAGGUACCCAAAACAUUUGACCCAAGUUGUUAAACAAUUUAAAGGCAAUGCUACCAAAUACUAAUUGAGUGUAUGUAAACUUCUGACCCACUGGGAAUGUGAUGAAAGAAAUAAAAGCUAAAAUAAAUAAUUCUCUCCAAUAUUAUUCUGACAUUUCACAUUCUUAAAAUGAAGUGGUGAUUCUAACUGACCAAAGACAGGGAGUUUUUACUAGGAUUAAAUGUCAGGAAUUGUGAAACUGAGUUUAAAUGUAUUUGGCUAAGGUGUAUGUAAACUUCCGACUUCAACUGUAUAUAUCCUACAUUCAUAGACUUUGAACGAACCAAAUACAGCGCUUUUGUAUCAGAUGAUAGUACAAUUGAAUUAGGUUUUAGAGAAAAUGUUUUAGCUAUUGAUACUAUGAUAUUGUGUCUAUUUGGCUGUCUUGUUGUUAGAACCCGGCUAUGUAUGAUAAAAUAAUAAAUAGUACAUAGCCUUAUUAACUCUGAUGCGCUGUGUUGCUCUGGGCAACAGGCCCUGUAUGAUAAUCCAUUAUAGAUAAUAAUGUUAACAUGGUGCUGUUUUACACUCAGCAACAUAAUAAUAAUGUAGGAUAAUCCACAAUUUGGGCCAGUUGAGAGUCCGUUGGACAUUUAGUUAUUUAAACUCUGCUGUGCUAUGUGUCUAGGGGCGGCAGGUAGCCUAGCGGUUAGAGCAUUGGGCAAGUAACCAAAGGGUUGCUGGUUCGAAUACCUGAGCCGUCAAGAUUAAAACACUGUCGAUGUGUCCCUAUCCAUGUAUGUGACAAUAAAACAUACAGUGCAUUCGGAAAGUAUUCUGACCCCUUCCCCUUUUCCACAUUUUGUUACGUUACAGCCUUAUUCCAAAAUGGAUUAAAUACAUUUUUUCCUUCAUCAAUCUACACACAAUACCCCAUAAUGGCAAAGCGAGAACAGGUUUUUAGAAAUGUUUGCAAAUGUAUUAAAAAUACAAAUCAGAAAUAACUUAUUUACAUAAGUAUUCAGACCCUUUGCUAUGAGACUCAAAAUUGAGCUCAGGUGCAUCCUGUGUUUCCAUUGAUAAUCCUUGAGAUGUUUCUACAACUUGAUUGGAGUCCACCUGUGGUAAAUUCAAUUGAUUGGACUUGAUUUGGAACCUGUCUAUAUAAGGUCCCACAGUUGACAGUGCAUGUCAGAGCAAAAACCAAGCCAUGCAGGAAUUGUCCGUAGAGCCCCGAGACAGGAUUGUGUCGAGGCACAGAUCUGGGGAAGGGUACCAAAAAAUGUCUGCAGCGUUGAAGUUCCCCAAGAACACAGUGGCCUCCAUCAUUCUUAAAUGGAAGAAGUUUUGAACCACCAAGACUCUUCUUAGAGCUGGCCGCCCGGCCAAACUGAGCAAUCGGGGGAGAAGGGCGUUGGUCAGGGAGGUGACCCGAGAACCUGAUGAUCACUCUGACAGAGCUCCAGAGUUCCUGUGUGGAGAUGGGAGAACCUUCCAGAAGGACAACCAUCUCUGCAGCACUCCACCAAUCAGGCCUUUAUGGUAGAUUGGCCAGACGGAAGCCACUCCUCAGUAAAAGGCACAUGACAGCCUGCUUGGAGUUUGCCAAAAGGCACCUAAAGGACUCUCAGACCAUGAGAAACAAGAUUCUCUGGUCUGGUGAAACCAAGAUUGAACUCUUUGGGCUGAAUGCCAAGCGCCACGUCUAGAGGAAACCUGGCACCAUCCCUACGGUGAAGCAUGGUGGUGGCAGCAUCAUGCUGUGGGGAUGUUUUUCAGCAACAGGGACUGGGAGACUAGUCAGGAUCGAGGGAAAGAUGAACGGAGCAAAGUACAGAGAGAUCCUUGAUGAAAACCUGCUCCAGAGCGCUCAGGACCUCAGACUGGGGCGGAGGUUCACCUUCCAACAGGACGACCCUAAGCACACAGCCAAGACAACGCAGGAGUGGCUUUGGGACAAGUCUCUGAAUGUCCUUGAGCCAGAGCCCGGACUUGAACCUGAUCGAACAUCUCUGGAGAGACCUGAAAAUAGGUGUGCAGCGACGCUCCCCAUCCAACCUGACAGAGCUUGAGAGGAUCUGCAGAGAAGAAUGGGAGGAACUACAGGUGUGCAAAGCUUGUAGCAUCAUACCCUAGAAGACUCGAGGCUGUAAUUACUGCCAAAGGUGCUUCGACAAAGUACUGAGUAAAGGGUCUGAAUACUUAUGUAAAUGUGAUAUUUCAGUUUUUUAUUUUUAAUACAUUUGCAAACAUUUCUGAAGCUGUUUUUGCUUUGUCAUUAUGGGGUAUUGUGUGUAGAUGUAAUCAAUUUUAGAAUAAAGCUGUAACGUAACAAAAUGUGGAAAAGGUCAAGGGGUCUGAAUACUUUCGAAUGCACUGUAUAUUUUUUUUAGAACAUGCAGGCUCUGAAUGGGAAGUGAUCAUCAUGGUAAUCAUCAUAAUGAUAUUUCUGUACUGUGUCUGUAGCAGGCCGUGUGGCGAGGCGAGCCCACAGACCGGACCAGAGACUGGGUGUUCCAGCAGAAGUCUGGCGACACGCUCACUGUCAACCCCAGCACACCUUCCCUCCUCAAAGUCACUGGGACAGGGGGCAACCUCGCCCCCCACCAUGACCCCAAACACUCAGACAAGGUCUUGGGCAAACUGCAGCUCAUCGCAGCCAAGAUCCGAACCAUGGUCAGCAAGGGCUCUGGCAGGUAUGUCACAAUUUUUUAACAACUUUGUCUCAAAACAUUUGUAUGUUAUGUUCAUGAUGUACAGGUGUAGAUUUAUGUUUUCUGUGUGGAUUGAUCUGUGUGUGUGCAGGCUGACUACGGAGGUGGACAGUGAAGGGCUGUCGUGGCUGCAGACCAACAUUGAUGAGGUCAUCACUAUGCUGCAGCAGUCCCCAGCGCUCCCCUCGGUCCCUGAGGUGAAUUGACACUUCUCAUUUCAGACUACUCAGAUUAGAUUGAUGUUUAUUGUGCUACAAAAAUAUAUUUCCACAGCUCACACAUUAUAUACAUAAACCACACAACAGGAAACAGACUACAGUCUUAGUCAAACUUAAAUAGUAACCCCCUGCCCAUCACCUGCACAUGUAGGGAGGAAGCUACUCUACUUGAUGUAUAGAGUAUUUGUAUGACUUCAGUGGCUACUGAGCACUGACAUUUAUUCUCUGCUGUGUCUACAGAGCGCCGCCCUGCUGGCGGGAGGCCAGUCCAGCUCCCUGACAGAGCGGCUGCUGAGGCAGAAUGCUGAGCUCACAGGCUUCGUUAGCCGUCUGACAGAGGAGAAGAACGAUCUGCGCAACCAAACCCUCUGCCUGGAGGAUGAGCUUCGACGCUACCGCCAGGCUGGUCUGGGAUCAGGGGACAGCGUGAGUUCCAAUACUAGAUGGGAUGUCGCUCAGUUGGUAGAGCAUGGCGUUUGCAACGCCAGGGUUGUGGGUUCGAUUCCCAUGGGGGCCAGUAGAAAAAAAAAAAUUUAUGCACUCACUAUCUGUAAGUCGCUCUGGAUAAGAGCGUCUGCUAAAUGACUUAAAUGUAAAUGUAGAUCUAAUGCAAUUAAGGGCUAGUGACAGGUCUGGGAUCAGUACAAUACUAGUCCAAUACUAUACAGGGCCAGUGGCAGGUCGGGAAUCUAGGGACAGGGGACAGAGUACAAUACUCUAAUGGUCCACUAGCCGGUGCCCCCGCACAUUGACUCUGCACCGGUACCCCCCUGUAUAUAGCCUCCCUACUGUUAUUUUAUUUUACUGCUGCUCUUUAGUUAUUUGCUUAAAUUUUUUUUUAACUUAACACUAAAAAAUAAAAUAAGAAAUGCAUUGUUGGUUAAGUAAGCAUUUCACUGUAAUGUCUACACCUGUUGUAUUCGGCGCAUGUGGCAAAGAAGAUUUGAUUUGAUUGCAGAGGCACCUAGAAAUGGCGGAGAAGUAGCUUGUGGAGACAUUGCUUUAAUUUGCACCAACCUAACACGACCCCUCUCUACCUCCUAUCCCUCCCUCCAGUCCAGGAGGAGAGGUGGCGUGGACAAGCAGCAGGAGGCGGCCAGCGUUCUGUUCUCGUCAGAGCGUGAAGCCUGGACCAGGGAGAGGAGCCGGCUGGAGAAGGGCCUGCGUCUAGCCCAGGCAGAGGUGACCCAACUCAAGGGAGAGAUCCGGACAGAGUCCCUCAGAGACAUGACCGGACCGGAGGCAGACAACACCACACUGAAGGUGAGCUCAAAGCUGCCCUGCUUCUCUCCAUGACACUCACCUCUUUCAAAUCUACCACUUUUCCACUCUUUGUCAGAGUUGAAUAGUAAAUACAUUGUUGCACAUCUAUAAAACCCACUUAACUAUCUCACACACUUUUUCAACCCUCCUUUCUCUCUCCUAUUCCCCUUCUCCAGAAUAUGUAUGGCAAGUACUUACGCGCCGAGAGUUUCCGCAAGUCCCUCAUCUACCAGAAGAAGUACCUGCUGCUGCUGCUCGGCGGCUUCCAGGAGUGCGAGGAAGCCACGCUGUCGAUCAUCGCCCGCAUGGGCAGCCGGCCCUCCCAAUGCAGCCUGGAGUCCCUGACGCAGAGCCGCCGGGGGCUGACGCGCUUCCGCUCGGCCGUCCGUGUCUCCAUCGCCCUCUCCAGGUAAACAAUGGGAACUGGAGUGGUAGGAUGGUGUUGCACCUGUUAGUAUAGCUGAUUGCUUAUGAUCAUGCAAACAUACUCCACAGUUUAAGGGUUUUAUUAUUAGCAUAUCGCCCUCUCCGGAUAAACAGAGCAGCGUAGACUGUUGUUGUUGUGAGGCUAUAGCUGCUAAAUUAUAAUGCUCUGCAGUUUAAAGGCAUUUAUGAUGAGCUUAUAGCAAAAUUAUACUUAUUAAAAGCCUUAAUCAAGCUUAUACAGUAAAGGAAAAAAGUAUUUGAUCCCCUGCUGAUUUUCUACGUUUGCCCACUGACAGACAUGAUCAGUCUAUAAUUUUAAUGGUAGGUUUAUUUGAACAGUGAGAGACAGAAUAACAACAAAGAAAUCCAGAAAAACGCAUGUCAAAAAUGUUAUAAAUUGAUUUGCAUUUUAAUGAGGGAAAUAAGUAUUUGACCCCUCUGCAAAACAUGACUUAGUACUUGGUGGCAAAACCCUUGUUAUCAAUCACAGAGGUCAGAUGUUUCUUGUAGUUGGCCACCAGGUUUGCACACAUCUCAGGAGGGAUUUUGUCCCACUCCUCUUUGCAGAUCUUCUCCAAGUCAUUAAGGUUUCGAGCUUCACGUUUGGCAACUCGAACCUUCAGCUCCCUCCACAGAUUUUCUAUGGGAUUAAGGUCUGGAGACUGGCUAGGCCACUCCACGACCUUAAUGUGCUUCUUCUUGAGCCACUCCUUUGUUGCCUUGGCCGUGUGUUUUGGGUCAUUGUCAUGCUGGAAUAACCAUCCACGACCCAUUUUCAAUGCCCUGGCUGAGGGAAGGAGGUUUCUCACCCAAGAUUUGAGGGUACAUGGCCCCGUACAUCGUCCCGUUGAUGCAGUGAAAUUGUCCUGUCCCCUUAGCAGAAAAACACCCCCAAAGCAUAAUGUUUCCACCUCCAUUUUUGAUGGUGGGGAUGGUGUUCUUGGGGUCAUGGGCAGCAUUCCUCCUCCUCCAAACACGGCGAGUUGAGUUGAUGCCAAAGAGCUCGAUUUUGGUCUCAUCUGACCACAACACUUUCACCCAGUUCUCCUCUGAAUCAUUCAGAUGUUCAUUGGCAAACUUCAGACGGGCCUGUAUAUGUGCUUUCUUGAGCAGGGGGACCUUGCGGGCGCUGCAGGAUUUCAGUCCUUCACGGCGUAGUGUGUUACCAAUUGUUUUCUUGGUGACUAUGGUCCCAGCUGCCUUGAGAUCAUUGACAAGAUCCUCCCGUGUAGUUCUGGGCUGAUUCCUCACCGUUCUCAUGAUCAUUACAACUCCACGAGGUGAGAUCUUGCAUGGAGCCCCAGGCCGAGGGAGAUUGACAGUUAUUUUGUGUUUCUUCCAUUUGCGAAUAAUCGCACCAACUGUUGUCACCUUCUCACCAAGCUGCUUGGCGAUGGUCUGGUAGCCCAUUCCAGCCUUGUGUAGGUCUACAAUCUUGUCCCUGACAUCCUUGGAGAGCUCUUUGGUCUUGGCCAUGGUGGAGAGUUUGGAAUCUGAUUGAUUGAUUGCUUCUGUGGACAGGUGUCUUUUUAUACAGGUAACAAACUGAGAUUAGGAGCACUCCCUUUAAGAGUGUGCUCCUAAUCUCAGCUCGUUACCUGUAUAAAAGACACCUGGGAGCCAGAAAUCUUUCUGAUUGAGAGGGGGUCAAAUACUUAUUUCCCUCAUUAAAAUGCAAAUCAAUUUAUAACAUUUUUGACAUGCGUUUUUCUGGAUUAUUUUGUUGUUAUUCUGUCUCUUACUGUUCAAAUAAACCUACCAUUAAAAGUAUAGACUGAUCAUUUCUUUGUCAGUGGGCAAACGUACAAAAUCAGCAGGGGAUCAAAUACUUUUUUCCCUCACUGUAGCUGAUUAGUUAUUAUUUCAAAAACAGGUGCUGGAUUGUGAACGACUGUUAUUAUGAGUUCAUACAAUAUCAGUAGUUAUUUUGAUAAACACGGAUGGAUUGUUCUGGUAGAUAGUACUGUAGGCUAAUGGUCCUCUGUACUCUAAUGGUCCUCUAGCCUAGGGGUGUCAAACUCAUUCCUUGGAGGGCCUAGUGUCUUCCUUUCAAUUUAGACCUAGACAAUCAGGGACGGGAGUUUCUUACUAAUCAGUGACCUUAGUUAAUCAAUCAAGGGAGGAGCGAAAACCUGCACACUCAGCCUUCCGUGGAACAAGUUUGGCAUGUGCUCUAGCACAUCUUUUUGAAUCAGCCUGUUCUGUUCUUCCAGAAUGCGUUUCCUGGUCAAGCGAUGGCAUAAAGCUACGGGGAUGAGCUCCAUAACAUCUGUCAACGUGAACAGAAACGGCCUGGGACUGUCACCAGGUAUGAAAAUCACAUUCCCUCACACAAUACCAACACAAGGAAAAUGUACUGGGAAAAUCACAUGGAAUGAAUGAACUGAUUAUUUAGUUAAAUGGUAAAGAACCAAGCUAGGCUAACCUAGGCUUACACACUUGUAGUCAAUGAAGUGCUGAUUGAUCAGGUGGUCCACAAUGCUAGCUAACCUAAAUAAAUAACCUGAAUAUUCUAAAAUGCCAGGUUCAAUACAAACCAGAAAAUUAAUAAUGACCUUUUCAUUGGCUGACUCAUUGAUCCUGUUUUGUGAGAGAAAACCCCCACAGAGUACUGACAACGGUUUCUCUUCCUCUUCAGGUAAUGAGGUGAGGACAGACUCACCCUACCUGCAACCGGGGAGUGUGGAGGUGUACGGGGAGAGGAGAGGUGCCAUCAGGGGACGAACUGGACGAGACUCCCCCAGGUCCGCCCUCUCCUCUGCACAACACAGGUUCCACAUGGCUGGGGACCCUGGCACUCUGACCUGCUCCCACCUCCAGAACUACGACCCUGACCGAGCGCUCACCGACUACAUCUCCAGACUGGAGGCCCUGCAGAGGAGACUGGGGAGCGUGCAGUCAGGUAAGACACACACACACACACACACACUUCCAACCAUACUACCUCACACAAUCUAGAGUUAAAUACUGUAAUGCCAUAAGCAGAAAUUGCCCUCUCAUUCAAUCACUAAACAAAAUAUGUGCAGAUGAUGCUUGCAAUGUUCUUGUCAAGAGUUCAGUCUUGGGAUCUAAACCACUUCAUUUUGCCCUUCCUAGGUUCUUCUUCAUAUGCUCAAUUAAACUUUGGAAUAAAAAGAUAAGUCUAUAAUUUACAUUGGAACUGGCUUGAAGAAACUCAGUUGCCUUUUCUUGUGCUGAGCUUCGGUAUUUUGUAUCAUUCUGCUGUGUACAGUAUAUUACGUGGGGACCAACAAACGUUUUUUGUGUGUAGACAUCUUAUAA